CCGAGCUAGGAAGAAGCCAACAUGGUGGGCGCAGGCUGAGCAGGGGCCAGGCCUUUGGAGCUCCUUCUCCGCGUGUCUCCGGAGGAUCCCCCGGGGCUCCCGACGCUGUCCCUGGGGGCGUGGGGGCGGAGAGAAGGGUGCAGCGACCCGGGGUGGGCAGCCCGGGGUGAGCCCGGGGCCGUCGUCUGUCGUCGUCGUCGCCGCGAAGGCCGGCCUCGGGGAGGAGCGGAAGUAGGCCCGGGAGGAAGUGACUUCCCUCCACCGGGAGGAGCGGAAGCGGAGCGGGCAGCAGGUGGAGGGAGCCCGUGAGCGGGCCACCCCGCCGGGCGGGUGCCUGCGCUGGCCUGGGACCUGGCGGGCCCGGCCCGAGACCCCGGAGACCCCGGGGAGGCCCCGGACGGGCCCCCGGUGCUGAUGCUGGGCGACCUGGAAAGGACCCAGGACGGGAAGCUGCAGUGCCCGUGCUGCAGCUACGCCAGCGAGAGGGCGGAGCGGCUGGUGGAGCACACCCGCGUGCACACGGGCGAGAAGCCGCACCGCUGCCGCCUCUGCCCCUUCGCCUCCGCCUACGAGCGCUACCUCGAGGCCCACGUGCGCUCGCACACCGGCGAGAAGCCGUACAAGUGCGAGCUGUGCGCCUAUCGCUGCAGCUACAGGAGCAACCUGUCCCACCAUCGAAGGCGCAGGCACAAGCUCUUGCCGCUGACCGGGCCCCGGGCCGCCUCCUUCACCGGCAUGAAAACGUGGGGGGCCCUGCAGGGUAAAAGCAACGCGGAGGAUGGCAAACGAGGGCUGCUCAUCGCCUUCGGUCCACCUUCUGUGGUCCUUCAGAAACCGGACUACCCCGGUGAUUUUACGCGCAAGGCCCCGCAUGUUCGGAACGACCUCUACGACAGUAUGGAUAAAGCCUCAGUCUUCGGACUGCCGAGGGACCCCGAAGAACUCUUGCUUGUGGACAGUCCUGUGAAUCAGAUGUCUGCUCUCGCAGGACGCUUGUCUAGGUUGCCACCUGAAAACCAAAACCUGGCCUCCCCUGACGGAGACUCGAGCCUAGAGGAAAAUCUUUUCAUGAUUCAAGAGCCCUCUGCCCACGGGAGUGCCCCACAGAGCUCCCCCAUAGCCCUGGAGCCUCCUCUCCUACCAUUUAGUCAGAGGGACCUCAGUCCAUUUGCAGGGCCCAGCAGCCAGCCAAGUGGCCGCACCAGCGCCUCCAUCUUUGGAAGCAGCCAGCCAAGCACUCCGGCCCUAACCUUGCCGAUGGAGGACUCUCAGCUUCUUUACCAUUGCCAGCACUGUGACACGUACUUUGCAGACAAUGUCCUUUACACUAUUCACAUGGGAUGCCACGUGUAUGACAAUCCUUUUCAGUGUAACACAUGUGGACACAAUUGUAAAAACAAGUACGAUUUUGCCUGUCAUUUUGCAAGAGGCCAACAUAACUAGAAAUGAGAACAACCAACUUUCUCUUUACCCAGUUUAGCCUUUGGGGGUGAUCGUAGUUUGCUUUUGGUUACUCCUGGUAGGGCAUUUUCUAAUUUAAAACUUAUUAUAUAUUGUGAGAUAUAAAUUUGAUGGUGGAAACCGCUGCCCUCCUGCAUUCACCCUCUCUUCCCCAUCCCCUCCCCCCCCUUUUUUUUUAUAAAAUUUGAUCUGAUCAAGGUUAUUUAGACACUAGAAUAUUUACCUCUUUUCUUUCAACAAGUCGUGUGAGAAUUGAAGUCCAAUCAAUCUUACCAGGUGUUUAAUUUUUUCCCUAUUUAUGACCAUUUAGGCUUUAAAGAUUGUUCAUACUCUUGGUAUUUCUAAUAUUCAUUGCACUUAGAUAUUAUUUCUGUCGUAUUUCAAAAUAGUAGAAUAAUUUUGCUUCUAUAAAGCUGUUAGACCCUAUUUCUAUCCUGAUAAUAAGUUUGAAGUUGCCAUUAGUUGAAGUAUUGAUUAGUUCCUAUACUUAAAUUGGAGUAGUAGUUUCCUUUCAAAUGGAAACAGUAAGGUUGUCUCAGUGUAGUAACUGUUUUUGUUUUUUUUCUACAUAAGGAAUUAUUUUUUUUAAGUUAUAAAGAUAGGUGAAAGUUCUGAAAAGAAAUGAAACACAGGACCAAGUUUCCUUUAGCCUAAAUUGUUUACUAUUUAUAAUACAUAUGGAGUCAAUGUCUCAUUUUAAAAUACCUGUGAAGUCAGUGUCUAAUUGAGAUACGUUAAUAACCCAUUGAGCUGCUUAUGCUUUGUUUAUUUUUUAAAACCAGAGGAAAAGGUAACAGUAUUUUUGUACAGUGUGUGCAAUUUCAGUUUCUCAGUUAAAUUCUUCAUUGAGACAUGACUGGUGUUUGUUGAGAUUGUUAACUGUAGUGAGACUCUGUGUUUCCCAUUGUUUUGAUGACCAAAAAAGAGGUACAAUGGAACUCAUGCAUUUUAAAUUGUAGCCAUUCUCCAGGCCCUUUCAAGGCAGUGAGUGACCUUACCAGUGCCUGAACUAUGAACUUCAGGCCUUUAGGACAGUGUUAGAUUAAGUUAUUACUGCUGCCGUGUGUGUGCAGCUUUGAUACAGCAGCCACAAAAGCUUCCUGCAGGCUUCUGGGAACAUCUGAUUUUCUACUUUCUGUGUUUCUUACUGAGAAUGAGACUCUUCUGAGCAGGCACACUAAAGCUGAGCUGACCCGCUUCCUGGGUGUUCCUCGUUUGGCCUUUACAAAUGCUGCUGACAAACUGAAGGCACAGGAUGAGCCCCAGCCCUGGAUUACACUGCCUGGGCACCGAGGGCCCAUAGAAUCCAUGAUAAUCAUUUCUCUAUUGCAGGCACCACCUUGACUGGAGGAGGCUCCCUAGUGUGGAGACAUCAGGUAGGUUCUCCUGUCUUGUAGCAGCAGCAGAGCUUAUUCCAGGGAGUACUCACAGAAGAGAUGAGCUGGUAGUCCUGCCUCAUAUUCCACAGACCACAUUCGUAUUGGCAGCCCUCAACUCCAGGUACAGCACAGUAGGCACCUGCUGCCCCAUUCCUUUCACCGCCCAGAGCCAGGCUAGGAAUGGCUUCUUUCCGGCCGCUUUUCCACCUCAGGCGGGCUUCUGUGAGCUCUGACUUCAGUGUUUAAGGGCCACAUCUGUGCCCCUUUUAUGACCUGACAGAAGCCUGGCCCAUUUCAAGCUCCUUAGUCUCCAGGGCCUUCAAGGAGCCCUCUAACGAGAACUGUGGAGUUAAGAGCUACUGAUUUCUUUUGAAUUUUUCAUUGAAUUCUUAACACAUGUUAUGGGACUGAAUGGUGUCUCACUCAAAUUCUUAUGUUGAAAUUCCCUGAGCUUAAGAACGUGGCUGUAUUUGGACAUAAAGUCUUUAGAGGACCCAGGUCAGAUGAGGUCACAUGGAUGAGUUCUAAUCUGAUAUGACUGAUAUCCCUGUGAGAAGGAGAUAGGGACACAGAUCUGCAGAGAUGCUUGGCCAGGGAAGAAAGGGAGAGGCUGACUAACACCUGUAAGCCAAAGGCAAAGGCCUUGGAAGGGACUGGGCUUCCCUGCAUUGUGUUGUCAGAUUUCUAGUCCCCAGAACUGUAAAGAAGUACAUGUCUGAGUUAAAGCAUCCUGGGCUAUAGCAGUAAAUUGCUAAGGGAGCCCAGCAAGCUUAUGAAGUCUACCAGUGUCUGUCUUUGUUUCAUGUUUGGUUUUGUUUGUUUUGAGUCAGGUCUUACCAUGUAGCCUUGGCUGGCCUGGAACUCACUGUGCAUACCUGCUUGCCCUGUAGCUCAUAGAGAUCCCUUUGCCUUUGUCUUCCUAGUAUGGGGAUUAAAGGUGUGUACUGUUUUCUUUUUUAAGGAAGAAAACUUCCUAAGGAGGCAGAGGCACAGAGGAGAACGAAACACGAGUUCCAGGACCCUGUGUUUUAUAGCUCGGUACAGUUCAAGAGUGAUUUCCUGUGCUUACCUAGUUCUUCAUGUAUUGGGAUUUGUUUAUUUGUACUUCCUUUGGAAUGCAGCACAGCAUCUACUUUACAUACAUGGUAGAUUGCUACCUACCUGAUAGUACUUUGUACGUUUUCCUUAGCUGCUUUGGUGAUGUAUUACGUGAUCAGUGCCAAAAUAAGCUAUUGAGUAAGAUUGAAUGGACUCACAAACUAGAACAGGUUGUUGAGGGAUGCUGAAUUUCUUCACCCACAUAACCCCACUGUUGGUCCUUAGCACUGAGGUCAGUAAAAUGAGGAAAGUGACAUUUAGGAAAUUGAGGCACAUUUAAAGCAUUAAAGUCUCUUAUUUUUAUACUGAAAUUUAUCUACCAUAGUAAAAAAUAAUUAAGUCAAAGAAUCCCCUUUCACUACUAUUUAUACUUCAGGGUAGAGAACUGAUCUGAACUAGGCCCUCUGAAUGUGGGUGACAGUUGUGUGGCUUGGGCAGUUUGUGGGGCCCCUGGCAGUUGGACCAUCAUUUAUCCCUGGUGCAUGAUCUGGCUUUUUGGAGCCCAUUCCCUAUGGAGGGACACCUAGCUCAGCCUUGAUGCAGCGGGGAGGGGCUUGGUUCUGCCUCAACUUGAUGUGCCAGAUGUUGUUGACUCCCAUGGGAGCCUUACCAUCUCUGAGGAAUGGAUGGGGGGUGAGAUGGGGGAGGAGCUGAACAAGAGGACAUUGUGGUUGGUAUGUAAAAUGAAAAAAAAAUUUAAAUUAAAAAUAAAAAGCUCCUGCUAACUGUAAUGGAUGACAUUUGCGUUUGAAGGCUGAUUCCCUCCUAGUCUUUCUGCUCUGUGGGUUGGUCUGUGAGACCCACUGCUCCUCCACUCAUGACCCCUAUGCAGCUCACCAGGCUCUUUAACGGAUUGUGUGCUGAGUUACAGACCUGCCUCCAGCCCUGAGUUCACGUGAGCCUGACUUCCCAGCCCCUGGGUAUGAAAUUGUUCACUGAACAUCCCCACCAUAUUCCUUCUAAUGCCUCAAGCCUCCCUUGUCCAGAGCAUCAUUGCCUAAACUUGCUUGUACAUUUUCCCAUUCCUGAUGUUUAUUCUCUUCCUUCCUCUCCCUCUUUCCACCCCUCUUUGAUUUUUAAAACAAGGUCUUAAACUGUAGCCCAGGCUGACCAGGAACUGAGGGUAAUCCUACUUCAGUCUGCAAUUACCUCAUCGUGCUGGAAUUACAGGCAUGAACCACCACAUCCAGCCCAUUACUGCCUCUUUCAGAUGCCAAUUGCCAGAGACCAGCUCACCCCAGUGCGUGAAUCCCAUGCUCAGCUUUCUUCCACCUCACAUCUUGCCACUCAGCAAGGCUUAUUCAUUUUACUUCUUUCAUAUUGAAAAUUCAGAAUACUCACAAAUGUAGUUUGUUUCCCUAGUGCUAAGACAUGUAAAUCAACAGAAAACAGUGUGAAACGUGACAAAGACAUGGUUGAAAGUCAGAGCAAGUAAACACAUUUGUAGGCAGCUGGCUGGAAAGUAAAGCUUGUGCUGGGCAACUGGCAAAGGACCCCAGCAAGUCUUAAAAAUGCAUCUCUUUUAACUAAGUAACCUAUCUUUUAGAAAUUUGCCCGAGUAAAGUAAGUUGAGAAAUACAACUGUUUCCAUUUUGGUUUACUAGGUUUUCAUAAACACUAAAAGACCAUAAAUAUCAUCAGUCCCAAACAGCCUAAAGUGAGGGGUUUGUUUAAUGCACUAUGUUAAACUGUAAGUUUUGGCACCUCUAAUGCUUAUGCAAGGUGUGUGUUUACCAGCUCCAGUAAAACCCACUUGUAUUUUGCAUGCAAAGAAAGGUUGUGAAACAGUGUGUAGAUGAUGAACACACUUGAUAUAAAUAUGCAAGACC